AUGACCAGCCCAGCUAUCGCGCAACCAACGCCAAUCCCGGCUUUUGCGCCCGAACCUAGGCCCCCUGAUGACGAUAUAGGCGUAUCGGCCGCUGAAGGAGGAGCUGUAGAAGAGGAAGAGGUCACUGCGGGCGAAGAUGCAGAACUACUUGUGGCGGAACUGCUUGCGGAGGAGGAACUACUUGAUGACAAUAUUGGCAGGGGCAGCCUGAAAGGUCUGCCGGGUGGGGUCGGUGCAAUCUAUCUCCUUCUGAUCGUUGUUCCAACAACAGGACCAAAGACCAUUCGUUGUAUUGAAGAUGACAUCGUGCUGGUUGAAUUCAAUACACGCUUUUGA